ACUUUGUUUAAGAGGUCUGAUGAGGCCAAAAAUAAUUCUUGUAACAGAGAAAAUAAAAAUCAAUUGUGCCAAUAUAAGUGAUAAACUAAAAGAAAAAGGGUCACCACCAGACCAUACACAUCCUUUGGAAUUUGGAAUAUGGAUUCCCAAAUUCCAACUGUCAAAAAAUGGAAAUACGAUGUUUUCCUGAAUUUCAGACGACAAGACUUGGAGGGGAAUUUUGUUACACAACUUUACAAACGUCUGGAAGACAUGGGAAUCAACGUAUUCAAACCUGAGUUCGAAUAUGAAAGAAAAGAAGAACCAAUUACAACAGAAAUCUCGGAAGCCAUAGAGGAAUCAAUGAUUGCUAUUACCAUCUUUUCCGAGUACUAUGCUUCAUCGAGACAGCGCUUGGAGGAACUCAGUAAGAUAAUGGAGUGGGUUGACAACCAAGGACAGGAAUUCUUCUUGGUGUUCUAUCGUGUAACUGCAUCACAGGUCUCAGGCAUCAUUGAUCAAACGUUGGCCCAAUACAUUGCAGAUGAUAUCAUUUUUUCUUACACGGUGGAGUUGCAGAGAUGGACGGACGCUUUCUCUAAAGCAUUCAACAUUGCGGGAUUUAAAAGGGACAGUUUUCCUUUGGAACUUAUCCGUUGCCAAUGGUUUGCUGAAACUAACUUGGACAUCCCCACUGUCAGUUUUUUCGUUCUCUGAGUUAGGAGUCUAGAGGUGCAUUUUCAGACUAGGAGUGUUUAGUUGCCAGAUGAGGCCAAGUUAAGUAUCCAUCUAUGUAUUAUGUCUUAUUGGAAGACAUAAUACUUGUCUAUGAGUGGCAGAUUGACUCUCAUUAACCCAAUUCUUGAUGCCGUUCCAACAUACAUGAUGUCCUCGUUCCCUAUCCCAAUAGGGGUCAUCAAUAGGUCGAAUUUUUUGUGGCAUGGGAACAAAGAAAUGAAAGGAUACCACCUGGUCAAGUGGAAAACAAUAAUCUCUUGGAAGAAACAUAGAAGUCUGGGGAUAGUACAAAGCAAAGCUCUCUAAGAUGAAAUGGCUGUGGAAGUUUACUAGUGAGCAUUAACUACUGCAAGGAAAAGUUAUUAAAGGCAAAUAUGUUCAGGAGGAUAACUGGAUGACCAAGGACGUUAAUACACCAUCUGGGGUUAGUCUAUGAAGAUCCAUUAGAGUAUUCGAUCCAAGAUAAAAGUGUUAGAUGGGAACAAAACUAGUUUCUGGAAGGACAAUUGGUAUGUGGUUGGAAACCUGGAAAUGGUCUUUCCAUAUAUAUUCAUCUUAAUUAGUUACCAGCAAAAGACUAGCAGAUAUGUGGGCACUUCAAGGUUGGAACAUUAACUUUAGAAGACAAAUUAGUGAUUGGGAAGUGCAAAGAGGGGCAGACUUCUUCAGUACACUUGAACAACUUUCCGGGUUACAAAUAGGUGAAGAUGUUCCGUGGUGGCCAGACAACACCAAGGGCCUAUUUAAGGCUAUUGCAACAUCCAAAUUGAUGAAUCAAUCGAACCAUCUGGCAAUGGAAACAACCUUGGAAGACUAAAGUCCUUCACAAAGUAGCCUGUUUUGUGUGGUUACUAGCAAAAGAAGCUGCCCUUAUGUUGGAAAAUUUGAUGAGUAGAGGUCUUCCAUGCUCAAGAUGCUUCAUGUGUAAGUAAACAAUAGAGAAGGUCAGCCAUCUCGUUGUGCAUUGUCGAUUUACAACUCAGCUAUGGAGUAUUGUCUUAAACCUCAUACACAAAUCCUAGACUAUACCAGGAAAGGUUUCGGAAGCUCUCGGUAGCUGGGAGGAAAUAGGUUCAUAGGCUAAGGGCAAGAGUAGAUGGAGAAUUGUCCUUGCAUGCAUUUAGUGGACAAUUUGGAAGGAAAGAAACUCCAAAUUUUUUGAGAUAUAAAGGAUGAUGUGCAUAAGAUCAAGUUGAACUUCAUC